AUGGUUUUGCCAUCACCAUGGAUACAGAGUGUGUUGUGGGCGUCCCAGAAGAAGUGGGAGUCCCAGACCAGAGUGGGAAAGUUGUUUGCAGGGAAUCUGUUGGUGCCAUCAGCAGUCUUCCUUACUGGCGGCUCCCACUCCACUUUUGUGGAAACAUGUCACCUCCUCAGCCUGGUGUCCAUGUUGCUGCGACAGUUCGUAAACCAACAGCGCAUCUACAUUGUGCCAGAGGUUAACUACAUGUGAACCCAGCACACGGAGGCCAUUCUGGCUACAAUUGGUGACAGUCCACUAAGCGUAUCUGGAGACGCACGGUGUGAUUCACCAGGCCAUUGUGCCUCCUUGACUCUGCUUCCCACCUGAUCCUUGCCCAGGAGACUGUGCAUGUGACUGAAGUGAAGAACAGCUACUGGUUGGAGACGGAGGGAUUAGAGAGAUGCCUGCAACACAUUGAGGUAAGCUAUAGCCUAACCUAUAUUUUGUAGCUAGCCUAAGGGUUGUUAAGUGUGUACUUGGUGGAUGUAUGAAGAGGACGUAGGUACCUUUAGGAUAAUAAUAAUAAAAUCAUUAUUACUAACAGGCCCAUUGAUGCAGUAUUAACCCUGGCCACUGACAGGCAUCCAAGUGUGAUGGUGCACUUGAGGGACUCACAUGCUGAUAUCUGGAAUGAGUAUGACCUGUGGCACAUUGCCAAAGGUUUGAGGAAACAGCUGGUGGCCAUCGGGAAGCCAGAGGUACUGUCAUAUAUUUUAUAGUAAAAUCAAAACUAUAGUGCCUUGAAAAUGUAUUCAUCCCCCUUGGCGUUUUUCCUAUUUUGUUGCAUUACAACCUGUAAUUUAAAUGGAUUUUUAUUUGGAUUUCAUGUAAUGGACAUACACAAAAUAGUCCAAAUUGGUGAAGUGAAAUGAAAAAAAAUAACUUGUUUCAAAAUAUUCUAAAAAAUAUAUAACGGAAAAGUGGUACGUGCAUACAGUAUGUAUUCACCCCCUUUGCUAUGAAGCCCCUAAAUAAGAUCUGGUGCAACCAAUUAACUUCAGAAGUCACAUAAUUAGUUAAAUAAAGUCCACCUGUGUGCAAUCUAAGUGUCACAUGAUCUGUCACAUGAUCUCAGUAUAUAUACAGUGGGGGGAAAAAGUAUUUAGUCAGCCACCAAUUGUGCAAGUUCUCCCACUCAAAAAGAUGAGAGAGGCCUGUAAUUUUCAUCAUAGGAAAAUCACAUUGUAGGAUUUUUUAUUAAUUUAUUUGCAAAUUAUGGUGGAAAAUAAGUAUUUGGUCAAUAACAAAAGUUUCUCAAUACUUUGUUAUAUACCCUUUGUUGGCAAUGAUACAGGUCAAACGAUUUCUGUAAGUCUUCACAAGGUUUUCACACACUGUUGCUGGUAUUUUGGCCCAUUCCUCCAUGCAGAUCUCCUCUAGAGCAGUGAUGUUUUGGGGCUGUCGCUGGGCAACACAGACUUUCAACUCCUUCCAAAGAUUUUCUAUGGGGUUGAGAUCUGGAGACUGGCUAGGCCACUCCAGGACCUUGAAAUGCUUCUUACGAAGCCACUCCUUCAUUGCCCGGGCGGUGUGUUUGGGAUCAUUGUUAUGCUGAAAGACCCAGCCACGUUUCAUCUUCAAUGCCCUUGCUGAUGGAAGGAGGUUUUCACUCAAAAUCUCACGAUACAUGGCCCCAUUCAUUCUUUCCUUUACACGGAUCAGUCGUCCUGGUCCCUUUGCAGAAUAACAGCCCCAAAGCAUGAUGUUUCCACCCCCAUGCUUCACAGUAGGUGUGGUGUUCUUUGGAUGCAACUCAGCAUUCUUUGUCCUCCAAACACGACGAGUUGAGUUUGUACCAAAAAGUUAUAUUUUGGUUUCAUCUGACCAUAUGACAUUCUCCCAAUCCUCUUCUGGAUCAUCCAAAUGCACUCUAGCAAACUUCAGACGGGCCUGGACAUGUACUGGCUUAAGCAGAGGGACACGUCUGGCACUGUAGGAUUUGAGUCCCUGGCGGCGUAGUGUGUUACUGAUGGUAGGCUUUGUUACUUUGGUCCCAGCUCUCUGCAGGUCAUUCACUAGGUCCCCCCGUGUGGUUGUGGGAUAUUUGCUCACCGUUCUUGUGAACAUUUUGACCCCACGGGGUGAGAUCUUGCGUGGAGCCCCAGAUCGAGGGAGAUUAUCAGUGGUCUUGCAUGUCUUCCAUUUCCUAAUAAUUGCUCCCACAGUUGAUUUCUUCAAACCAAGCUGCUUACCUAUUGCAGAUUCAGUGUUCCCAGCCUGGUGCAGGUCUACAAUUUUGUUUCUGGUGUCCUUUGACAGCUCUUUGGUCUUGGCCAUAGUGGAGUUUGGAGUGUGACUGUUUGAGGUUGUGGACAGGUGUCUUUUAUACUGAUAACAAGUUCAAACAGGUGCCAUUAAUACAGGUAACGAGUGGAGGACAGAGGAGCCUCUUAAAGAAGAAGUUACAGGUCUGUGAGAGCCAGAAAUCUUGCUUGUUUGUAGGUGACCAAAUACUUAUUUUCCACCACAAUUUGCAAAUAAAUUCAUAAAAAAUCCUACAAUGUGAUUUUCUGGAUUUUUUUUUCUCAAUUUGUCUGUCAUAGUGGACGUGUACCUAUGAUGAAAAUUACAGGCCUCUCUCAUAUUUUUAAGUGGGAGAACUUGCACAAUUGGUGGCUGACUAAAUACUUUUUACCCCCACUGUACACCUGUUCUGAAAUGCCUCAGAGGCUGCAACACCACUAAGCAAGGGGCACCACCAAGCAAGCCGCACCAUGAAGACCAAGGAUCUCUCCAAACAGGUCAGGGACAAAGUUGUGGAGAAGUACAGAUCAGGGUUGGGUUAUAAAAAAAUAUCUGAAACUUGAACAUCCCACGGAGCACCAUUAAAUCCAUUAUUAAAAAAUGGAAAGAAUAUGGCACCACAACAAACCUGCCAAGAGAGGGCUGCCCACCAAAACUCAUGGACCAGGCAAGGAGGGCAUUAAUCAGAGAGGCAACAAAGAGACCAAAGAUAACCCUGAAGGAGCUGCAAAGCUCCACAGCGGAGAUUGGAGUAUCUGUCCAUAGGACCACUUUAAGCCGUACACACCACAGAGCUUGGCUUUACGGAAGAGUGGCCAGAAAAAAGCCAUUGCUUAAAGAAAGAAUUAAGCAAACACGUUUGGUGUUCACCAAAAGGCAUGUGGGAGACUCCCCAAACAUAUGGAAGAAGGUACUCUGGUCAGAUGAGACUAAAAUGGAGCUUUUUGGCCAUCAAGGAAAACGCUAUGUCUGGCGCAAACCCAACACCUCUCAUCACCCCGAGAACACCAUCCCAAUGUUUUUCAUCGGCAGGGACUGGGAAACUGGUCAGAAUUGAAGGAAUGAUGGAUGGCGCUAAAUACAAGGAAAUUCUUGAGGGAAACCUGUUUCAUUCUUCCAGAGAUUUGUGACUGGGACGGAGGUUCACCUUCCAGCAGGACAAUGACCCUAAGCAUACUGCUAAAGCAACACUUGAGUGGUUUAAGGGGAAACAUUAAAAUUUCUUGGAAUGGCCUAGUCAAAGCCCAGACCUCAAUCCUAUUGAGAAUCUGUGGUAUGACUUAAAGAUUGCUGUACACCAGCGGAACCCAUCCAACUUGAAGGAGCUGGAGCAGUUUUGCCUUGAAGAAUGGGCAAAAAUCCCAGUGGCUAGAUGUGCCAAGCUUAAAGAGACAUACCCCAAGAGACUUAAUAAUAAUUUACCAUUUAGCAGACGCUUUUAUCCAAAGCAACUUACAGUCAUGUGUGCAUACAUUUUUACGUAUGGGUGGUCCCGGGGAUCAAACCCACUACCCUGGCAUUACAAGUGCCAUGCUCUACCAUUUGAGCUACAGAGGACCACAGACUUGCUGACAGCUGUAAUUGCUGCAAAAGGCGUCUCUACAAAGUAUUGACUUUGGGAGGGGGUAGGCAUGUUGUGUAAAUCAAAAAAUACAAACCCCCCAAAAAUCCAUUUUAAUUCCAGGUUUUAAGGCAACAAAAUAGGAAAAGUGCCAAGGGGGGUGAAUACUUUCGCAAGCCACUGUAUAUGAUUAUGAUGAUUCAGUGACUCAGGGUCUCAUUUAUUCCCUGUCUCAGAUACUGCCAUGGGUGAGGGCAUUAACGCACCACUUGUGGUACUGUGCCGCCACUGCUGGUGGGAGUGUCCAGGUGCUUAAACAAAAGUGGAUCACCGCAGUUCACCACAUCACAAAUGAACACCAGUGGGUCACUGGAGACACACGCAACUGCUGUGAGCACCGCCCCCCUACACACAUGAAGAAGAGGGAACACGACCCUGGAUGAACACAUCGUCGGCAGCUUUCGAGCCGGUAAGGAAAAUUGUCCUCAACCCGAGAUUGUUGAAGGAUCUCGAGAAGGGAAAAAAAAAACGUAUAAACUAUUUCUGUACAUAUACUGCAACAUUUUGAAUAAAUUAAUAAGCACAUUUUUCCUAUGUGAAUAACUACAACUGAUUGAUUUAAUAAAAUCAGUAACAGUAUAAUUAUAGUUGCCUACUUAUUAAUCUCUAGUAACAUUAAUUAGAUAUCUUCUUUUGUAGGUGACGAAGUGUGUUCAGACAGGUGAACUCGAGAGUGUACACGCCCUGUACACUAAAUAUGUGCCCAAGAGGAACAAGUUCGGCCAGCAGGGGAUGGUUGCAAGACUCCAAAUGGCUGCCUUGGACCACAAUUAUUCUGUGGACAGACAGCAGGCUACAACAAAGGAGGGGCUACAACAAAGGAGGGAGUGCUCCGUUUCAAGCAAGAGUUUUCCAAGGCUGCCAGGUCGUUUGUGGUGAAACCCAUCAAGGAGAAGACAUGGUGUUUCCGAUCUGAGCUCCUACAUGGCAUUGUUGACCGCUGUGCCAAUGGUAAGUGUAUUAUAUUAUGUCGAUAAUAUAAUGAUGUAGACAUAUAGAGAGAAAUUACCUAAAAUGAUUUGUGUAACUUAUAUCUGGCUCUAGGACCAUCCCAGCGGACUCUCCAGAGUGCCCAAAGAGAGAGAGUGGCGGUCACUUUGGGGGAGCGGGCUGGUGUUACGAAAAUGGAGAAGGAGCAGGCCAUUCAACAGCGAAUUCAAAGAUACACCCAUCCAUGAAGGUAAUUGGAGUGGAAUUGUUUUUUGACUAAUUUUUAUACCCGUUUCAACGAACGUGCUAACUUGUUCCAGAACUGCUGUUUCGACUCUCUCUCUCCCUCUCCGCCGGACCUGUUGUCUCGACCUAUGAAUGCUCAGCUAUAAAAAGCCAACUGACAUUUGCUACUGAGGUGUUGAACUGUUGCACAAUCUAUAACCACUGUGGUUGUUAUUUUGAUGUAAAAAGGGCUUUGUAAAAUACAUUUGAUUGAUUGAUUGAUUGUUUGCUGUGCUGCAUGCUGUGUAUUCACUAACUGUCUGAGUGAUGUGCCAUUUUUAUAGUAGCUGUAACAUAUUUUGGUGUGUAUUUAAACUGCAACGUAACUUCUUAAAGUGGCAAUAUAUCACAUAAUUUUCCUUCCUCAUGAUGCCAUCUAUUUUGUGAAGUGCACCAGUCCCUCCUGCAGCAAAGCACCCCCACAGCAUGAUGCUGCCACCCCGUGCUUCACGGUUGGGAUGGUGUUCUUCGGCUUGCAAGCAACUCCCUUUUUCCUCCAAACAUAACAAUGGCCAUUAUGGCCAAACAGUUCUAUUUUUGUUUUGUGGUAUCGAAAUAACGAUGCUAAUUAUGCUGUGAUGACAAGAAAUCCGCUGACACUGUCCUUGAUUAUAAUAGUUUAUUACAUCAAAGAUUUCAGCGUCAAUUUACAGACUCCUGCAGACAUCUGGAGAACAACUGACCCAAUAUCUAAUAUGUUGUACCUCCUCGUCCUUUGUUCCAACCAUGGUAUUUAUGAUCUGUAACAUGAUAUGGGUGGUUUUCCCAUAAACCAAUCCCAGGCCUCCACAUAACAGACUUCCUCUAACACACCAUUUGCAAACGUCAGCAAAGUCUCGAAAACAAAAAGAAUAGGAUUAUGACAAAUAACAAUUUAUCUUAUUGAGUAACUUUAGCAAUAAACCAAAAUGUAUGGAGAGUAAACACAUUUUUCUAUGGAGUGUAAAUACAUUUCUAUGAAAUAUGAACAAAUCUUUAUGGAGUGUGAGAGCGAAAAACCUGUCUGGCAGCUUUCUUUCCAAAUAUCCGUCAAUCAGUCAAGACAGUAAAAUUCUCUCACGGCCCCUCUGCCCCAGGCGACCACCUAAGUACUCCAGAUCAAUUCAUAAAUCUUUAGCAAUGCAUUUUAAACUAUGAUGCAAUUGAAUACACAUGAAAGCCUCAGAAAACAAAAUACAAUCAAAAAUGUCCACAUUCACCCAUAAACAUACCCCAGACGGGACAGAUCCCAUCAUCGACGUUUCAUUGAAAGUCGACACUGCUGAGGAGAUGCAGUGUAGUGGACUACAUUCCAGUGUCUGCAAUGAUAUAUAGACAUAUUUGCAUGUGUAAUACAUAAUUUGUGUCAUAUCCUUUCUGUAUUCAUUUUUGAUUGUAUUUUGUUUUCUGAGGCUUUCAUGUGUAUUCAACUGCAUCAUAGUUUAAAAUGCAUUGAUAAAGAUAUAUGAAUUGAUCUGGAGUACUUAGGUGGUCGCCUGGGGCAGAGGGGCCGUGAGAGAAUUUUACUGUCUUGAUUGAUUGAUGGAUAUUUGGAAAGAAAGCUGCCAGACAGGUUUUUCGCUCUCACACUCCAUAAAGAUUUGUUCAUAUUUCAUAGAAAUUUAUUUACACUCCAUAGAAAAAUGUGUUUACUCUCCAUACAUUUAGGUUUAUUGCUAAAGUUACUCAAUAAGAGAAAUUGUUAUUUGUCAUAAUCCUAUUCUUUUUGUUUUCGAGACUUAAUUAGUCUCGAAGGGGGGAAAUAUGUAGUGUCUAAACAGUUUAUGACUUUGCUGACGUUUGCAAAUGGUGUGUUAGAGGAAGUUGACUCAGCUUGCGGAAGCAUCUGGAAAGCAUUACUAUAGGGGCCCCCUAAAACAGAGGAAGUCUGUUAUGUGAAGGCCUGGGAUUGGUUUAUGGGAGAACCACCCAUAUCAUGUUACAUAUUAUAAAUACCAUGGUUGGAACAAAGGGCGAGGAGGAACAACAUAUUAGAGAUUGGGUCAGUUGUUCUCCAGAUGUCUGCAGGAGUCUGUAAAUUGAUGCUGAAAUCUUUGAUGUAAUAAACUAUUAUAAUCAAGGACAGUGUCAGCGGAUUUCUUGUCAUCACAGCAUAAUUAGCAUCAUUAUUUAGAUACCACAGUUUCAUCAGAUCAGAGGACAUUUCUCCAAAAAGUAUGAUCUUUGUUGCAAACCGUAUCUUCACAAGGUCCUUUGCUGUUGUUCUGGGAUUGAUUUGCACUUUUCGCACCAAAGUACGUUCAUCUCUAGGAGACAGAAUGCGUCUCCUUCCUGAGCUGUAUGACGGCUGCGUGGUCCCAUGGUGUUUAUACUUGCAUACUAUUGUUUGUACAGAUGAACGUGGUACCUUCAGGCGUUUGUAAAUUGCUCACAAGGAUGAACCAGACUUGUGGAAGUCUACAAUUUCUUUUCUGAGGUCUUGGCUGAUUUCUUUUGAUUUUCCCAUGAUGUCAAGCAAAGAGGCACUGAGUUUGAAGGUAGGCCUUGAAAUACAUCCACAGGUACACCUCCAAUUGACUCAAAUGAUAUCAAUUAGCCUAUCAGAAGCUUCUAAAGCCAUGACAUCAUUUUCUGGAAUUUUCCAAGCUGUUUAAAGGCACAGUCAACUUAGUGUAUGUAAACUUCUGUCCCACUGGAAUUGUGAUACAGUGAAUUAUAAGUGAAAUCAUCUGUCUGUAAACAAUUGAGUACUUUUCCCACCACUGCAUGUUCCCAGUUCGCUUUGGAUAAAGACGUCUGCUAAGUGUCAUAUAUUAUACAAUUCUCCUUUGCCUCUGCCAACUAGCUGUCCAGUGUAGUUACCAUUCCUUUCCAAUAGUUGGCAGCCAAAGCUAGUUGAAGCCACUACUCUAGCAACAGGGACUUGGUGUUAUUGCACGUUGAAAGUAGUUUUUUCUUCAAAGCAAGUUUAUCUGGUUACACUUGAACCUGUUGUUAUAGUGGACAAGCUAACUAAUGCUAUUUUUACAUAAGGCACAGGUAUUAGGCCUAUGUCUUGAAAAAAAAUUCAACAUGCUAGAUUUACUAAAUUAACUAGUUUUAUUCAAACUCAAACCCUAUGUAAAUGCCACUUGCUUCUGGUUUUGCGUGCCUUAUGGAAGAAAUGACACAUGCAGGGAUGACACGCCGUACACCUCUUCCAAUUCUCCCUUGUGGCCAUAGGGUGAACUGUCGAUAAGCUGCCAGCCUGUACGGUCUGCUAACAAAAUCAUAAGAAAAGUUUGUCUGAUACCGAAACUAAAUCACAAUGCAUUUAUAAUGAGCAUGAUGUUUAAAGUUAGUAUGAUACUUCAUUAAUCAUGAUGCCAUCUGCGAUUUGAACUCCGGUAGUCUAAUCAAAAGCUGAGUGUGUUACCAUCGCGCCAAAGAGAGCUUAUGAUAAGAUCUUUAUAGGUUACUGAUUAUAUUUUUACAUUUACAUUUUAGUCAUUUAGCAGACGCUCUUAUCCAGAGCGACUUACAGGAGCAAUUAGGGUUAAGUGCCUUGCUUAAGGGCACAGCGACAGAUUUUUCACCUAGUCAGCUCUGGGAUUAGAACCAGCGACCUUUCGGUUACUGGCACAACGCUCUUACCCACUAAGCUACCUGCCGCCCCAUGUAUUGAGCACCUACUCACUACUGAUGUUAACUUUAAACAAUUUAUAAUCAAGCAAAAUUUCAGCAAUUAUUUAACUGGCAUACCGGCUGCUGAUUGGUCGAGUAACCUCUUCUGCCAGGAAGUCCUUCAUAAGGAUUAGUGACACGUCCAAUACAUCGCCAUCCAGACAGACUGGAACCUCUUAAUGGAUGUAAUACAGCCACCAUCCACUGGGAUUUUGUGCUGUAUCACCACCAUUUAUUUUUUUAUUUUUAGUCAUUUAGCAGACGCUCUUAUCCAGAGCGACUUACAGUUAGUGAGUGCAUACAUUAUUAUUAAUUUUUUUAUACUGCCCCCCCCGUGGGAAUCAAACCCACAACCCUGGCGUUGCAAACACCAUGCUCUACCAACUGAGCUACAUCCCUGCCGGCCAUUCCCUCCCCUAUCCUGGACAAAUUGUGCGCCGCCCCAUGGGUCUCCCGGUCACGGCCGGCUACGACAGAGCCUGGAUUCGAACCAGGAUCUCUAGUGGCACAGCUAGCACUGCGAUGCAGUGCCUUAGACCACUGCGCCACUUGGGAGAAAUGGAAUGAUGAUAUAUGGAGCGGCAGUGGCUAGUGAGCCGGUGACGACGAACGCCGAAGCCUGCCCGAACAAGGCACACACUCAUACUCUCUAGCCAUUAUCUGCCAGCAUCCGCACUCACACCAGUUUGUGUCACCGCAAAACCGACCCUCUAGCUGAGGUGUAUCUGUGUUGUUACUACUACUGUCAUGACUUCCACCGAGGCUGCCUGCCCUCCUUGUUCGGAAAGGCUUCGGCGUUCGUCAUCACCGGCUUACUAGCCACUGCCGCUCCAUAUAUCAUCAUUCCAUUUGUCUUGUUUUGUUAAUUACACACACCUGGUUCUUAUCCCCUCAUUAGUCUGUGUAUAAGUGUUCCCUCUGCUCCCCUUGUCCUUGUGGGUGAUUGUUUAUUCGUGAGAGUAGUGGAGCUCGGUGGAGCUACUCGUACCUUGUUAUUGCCGGGGUAGAUAUUUCCCCUGUGCCUGUUUUGUUUGUCGUUAUCCAGCGCUAUUUGUGUACUACGGAAUAAACUCUCCAUUCGGUGAUAACCCUCCUGCGCCUGACUCCUUCUAUCACACUCAUCACAGAAUCAACCACCCGCUAUGGAGUCAGCGGGAGAAGAGCGCAUGCCUGGAGUUGUGGCACGGAUCCAGGAGCAUUCCACGAUGCUGACCAGCUUGGGGGAAGCGAUGGAUCGGGUUCUUCAGGUCGUCCAACGCCUGGAGAGAAGAGGACCCGAUCUGUAGAGACCAGCUGGCCAACCGGAUCCAGCCACCUACACCCCAGCACCAGGAGGGAUCGAGAUAUUCCGACGGGACGGCGGCGCUCUGCCAAGGAUUCCUCCUCCAACUGGAGCUUUACUUCUCCAGCAUCAGGCCGGCGCCAUCGGAGCGGGAGAAGGUGUCCGUCCUUGUUUCCUGCCUCUCUGGGAAAGCCCUGGAGUGGGCUAACGCGGUUUGGAACGAAGAAGGAGCCGCGUUGGAGGACUACGGGGAAUUCACUCGCCUCUUUCGGGCGACUUCAAUCACCCGCCCGAGGGUCGAGAGGCGGGCGAGCGGCUGGUCCACCUGAGGCAGGGGUCGAGGACCGCGCAGGACUUCUCGUUGGAGUUUCGGACUCUGGCAGCGGGGUCCGGGUGGAACGAGCGGGCCCUGAUCGACCAUUUCCCUGUGCCAUCUGCGGGAGGACGUCCGACGGGAGCUAGCCUGCCGGGACACCAUGUUGUCUUUCACGAAACUAGUGGAUAUGGCCAUCCGUUUGGACAACCUGCUGGCAGCCAGAGGACGUCCUGGUAGGGGUCUGCCCAUUUCCACCCCGGACGACUCGGAUCCCGAGCUGAUGGAGCUGGGUGGAGCCGCCAUCCGAGAGAGCGGAGGACGACAGCAACAGUGCCACUCUGGUGACCACACGUUGCAGUCAACGCUCUUUUGGGACUGGAGGCGGCAGGCAGGGCACUCUCGCAUCACCCCAGGUAUCGAACACCCACACUCGUUCAGAGCCCUCUGCUGCGCACUGUACCCUACCUAUCCACUUUCCCGAUCACAUGGUAGUUCCCCAGUGUAAGGCACUAAUCGAUUCAGGCGCAGCUGGGAACUUUAUGGACAGGGCAUUCUCACGCCGUCAAGGCAUUUCAUUGAUUUCCCUAUCCAUUCCACUCUCCAUCAGAGCACUUGAUAGUUGACCAAUAGGGUUUGUAAAGGAAGUCACUGUACCAGUCUCUAUGAUCACCCAGGAGACUCAUUGUGAGCAGGUUACUUUUUCGAUUAUUGAGUCUCCUGCUUUCCCUGUGGUAUUAGGUAUCCCUUGGCUAGCACUCCACAACCCCACCUUCUCAUGGCCGCAGAGGGUUCUCAUGGGGUGGUCGCGAGAAUGUCAGGGUAGGUGUCUAGGUGUUUCCGUUGGUGCUACCACGGUGGAAAGUCCAGACGGUACCUCCACCGUGCGCAUACCCCCCGAAUAUCAUGAUCUGGCGCACGCUUUUUCUAAGACACAGGCGACAGAAUUACCACCUCAUCGGGUGGGGGUUGCGCGAUAAACCUUCGGGUAGACGCUGUACCUCCCAGGAGUCAUGUGUACCCCCUGUCGCAGGCUGAAACGAAGGCUAUGGAAACAUACGUCACCGAGUCCCUGGGCCAGGGUUAUAUACGUCCCUCCACUUCACCCGCCUCCUAGAGUUUCAUCUUUGUGAAGAAAGACGGCGGUCUGCGCCCGUGCAUUGAUUAUCGAUCACUGAACUAGGAGACUAUAAGAUUUUGUUAUCCUCUCCCCCUUAUUCCUUCAGUGAUUGAGUCAGUACAUGGGGAGCGCUUCUUCACCAAAUUAGAUCUCAGGAGUGCAUACAACCUGGUGCGUGUUCGGGAGGGGGAUGAGUGGAAGACAGCAUUCAGCACAACCACGGGGCAUUAUGAAUACCUGGUGAUGCCCUACGGUUUGAUGAAUGCUCCAUCCGUCUUCCAGUCCUUUGUGAACAAGGUGUUUCGGGACAUGCUUGGUCGCGGUGUGGGGGUCUGCAUUUAUGACAUUUUUGUGUAUUCUGCUAGGCGCGCCGAGCAUGUGUCCCUGGUUCACAAAGUGCUGGGCCGACUGUUGGAAAAUGCCCUUUAUGCCAAGGCAGAGAAUGUUGUGGAAAAUAAUCACUAUACUUUAUUACAAAUCAAAAUACUUCCAGAGUUUUUGUAAAAUUAAGAAUGACUUUUUUAUAAUUUCAACAAAGUCGAUGCCGGUCUGCAGAGUAGCAUCUCCUCUCCCUCUCUCCCUCCAUCUUGUAUAGUGCCCUCCACACACCCUAGCUUUAAAAUCCCUCCCUCCUCAGUUUCCCGAUCUUUUAUUGCUCCACCCACUCCCUUUGUCUAUGGUGGCGGCUACAUUCGACUUUCAUUCAGUUCAGAAUCAAUAGUAAUACACUCAAUCAAUCCCUUAUCUUGCAAAAACACUCAUGUUUAGUUUAAACUCUGUUCAACCCUGGCGCCGCUCUUUAUCACUUUGUGUGAAGAGAGAGACAAAAGGCCACAGGCUAGUUUCAGUCCCUGAUAAGAUAGGACAGCCAUGGAUUUAAGUAAAAGCGAGCAAAUUGACCCUAGGUAAGAUUCCCUUUUUUACCCACACACACAGUGAAAUGACCCAAUUCAGUUAGCCACAAAGAAUGUUAACUAUAUGUUCAUGAUUAACUCAGUUUUAUCUCAUAGUCCACUAAACAAUUUCCAACAAAACGUGUAUGUUUUUCCAGCAGUCCGUCUCCUUCCUCAGAUACCGCAUUACCACCUCAGGUGUGGAGAUGGAGGGAGAUCGCAUUUCAGCCGUGCGUAAUUGGCCGACUCCAACCACGGUUAAGGAGGUGCAGCGCUUCCUUGGCUUCGCCAACUACAAUCUGAGGUUUAUCCGGGGCUUUGGCAAGGUCACAUCUGCCAUUACAUCCCUGGCCGUCAGCAAACUGCGGGGUCUGUUCACCUCUGGCCCACCCUGAUCCAUCACUACCGUUCAUAGUGGAGGUGGAUGCGUCCGAGGUAGGGAUAGGCGCUGUCCUGUCUCAACGCUCGGGCACGCCACCCAAGCUACUCCCCUGUGCCUUCUUCUCAAAGAAGCUCAGCCCGGCGGAGCGGAACUACAACGUUGGUGAUCGGGAGCUGUUGGCUGUUGUCCGAGCUUUGACCGUGUGGAGGCAUUGGCUCGAAGGGGCAAAACACCCUUUCCUUGUCUGGACGGACAACCAUAACCUGGAGUACAUCCGGGCAGCGAGGAGGCUGAAACCUUGCCAGGCCAGGUGGGCCAUAUUCUUCACCCGGUUUGAUUUUACACUGUCAUACAUUCCGGGUACGAAGAACGUGAAGGCAGACGCAACGUCCCGGCUGUAUGACACAGAGGAGAGGCCCAGAGACAACACCCCCAUACUCCCGGCCUCCUGCAUUGUGUGCGCUGGUAGUAUGGGCGAUGGACGCGGAUAUAGAGCAGGCUUACGCACAGAUCCAUCUCCACCUCAGUGUCCAGCUGGGCUGCGGUACAUGCCUGCUCUUAUCCGUGCUCGUCUGAUCUACUGGGCACACACGUCACCCUCCUCUGGUCACCCAGGUAUCGGUCGUACAGUGCACUGCCUGACCGGAAAGUACUGGUGGCCUACCUUGGCUAAGGACGUGAGAAUGUAUGUCUCCUCCUGCUCAGUGUGCGCCCAGAGUAAGGCACCUAGGCACCUCCCAGCAGGUAAGUUACAACCUUUACCAGUUCCACAACGACCAUGGUCUCACCUAAGUGUUGAUUUUUUUGACAGAUUUUCCCCUCUCCCAAGGUAACACCACCAUCCUGGUCGUUGUGGACCGCCUUUCCAAGUCCUGCCGCCUACUUCCUCUGCCCGAUCUCCCCACGGCCCUGCAAACUGCAAUGGCCCUCUUUACUCACGUCUUCCGGCACUACGGGGUACCAGAGGAUAUAGUGUCCGACCGAGGUCCCCAGUUCACGUCCAAGGUCUGAAAGGCGUUCAUGGAACGUCUGGGGGUCUCGGUCAGCCUGACCUCUGGGUUCCACCCUGAGUCAAAUGGGCAGGUGGAACAGGUAAAUCAGGAUGUGGGUAGGUUCCUGCAGUCCUACUGCCAGGACCGGCCGGGGGAGUGGUCGGUGUUCUUGCCAUGGGCAGAAUAUGACCAGAACUCUCUCCGCCUCUCCUCCACUAACCUUACGCCAUUCAAAUGUGUUUUAGAUUACCAACCGGUUCUGGCACCGUGGCACCAGAGCCAGACCGAGGCUCCUGUGGUGGGUGACUGGUUUCGGCGCGCAGAGGAGAUGUGGGACGCUGCCCACGUUCACCUCCAGCGCGCUGUGCGUCGUCAGAAGGCCAACACUGACCGCCACCGCAGUGAGGCCCCGGUCUUCGUACCGGGGGAUCGGGUCUGGCUCUCGACCCGGAAUCUGCCCCUCUGCCUGCCCUGCCGGAAGCUGAGCCCGGUUUGUGGGGCCGUUCAAAGUCCUGAGGAGAAUCAACGAGGUCACUUAUAGGUUAUUACUUCCCCCUGAUUAUCGUACUAACCCCUCGUUUCGUGUGUCUCUCCUCAGGCCGGUGGUGGUUGGUCCUCUCCAGGUGUCUGAGGUGCGGGAGGUUCCUCCACCUCCUCUGGACAUCGAGGGGGCCCCGGCGUACUCUGUCCGUUCCAUCCUGGAUUUGAGGCGCCUUCAGUACCUCGUGGAAUGGGAGGGGUACGGUCCAGAGGAACGGUGCUGGGUCCCGGUGAGGUAAAUCCUCGAUCCCUCCCUGUUGUGGGAUUUCCACCGUCGCCAUCCGGCUCGCCCUGCUACGCAUCCUCCUGGCCGUACCCUAGGCCAGGGUCGGCGCGCUGCUGGAGCUUCGCAUCAAGGGGGGGGGGUGUACUGUCACGUCUUCCGCCGAGGCUGCCUCCCCUCCUUGUUCGGGCAUGCUUCGGCGUUCGUCGUCACCGGCUUACUAGCCACUGCCCUCCAUAUAUCAUCAUUCCAUUUGUAUUUUUAAUUACACACACCUGGUUCUUAUCCCCUCAUUAGUCCGUGUAUAAGUGUUCCAUCUGCCCCCCUUGUCCUUGUGGGUGAUUGUUUAUUCUUGAGAGUAGUGUAGCUUGGUGGAGCAACUCGUACCUUGUUAUUGCCGGGGUAGAUAUUUCCGUUGUGCCUGUUUCGUUUUUCGCUAUCCAGCGCUAUUUGUGUACGACAGAAUAAACUCUGCAUUCGGUGAUAACCUCCUGCGCCUGACUCCUUCUAUCACACUCAUCACAGCUACGAGAACUAACUAUUUUAUCUGGGGCAACAAUCGGCUCAAACAUGAACGGCUUCAGUAGGCUUAUUGGCUCCCUAACUAACGUUAUUUCAUUCUCUGUUAUAAACUCAUUCUCAGACUCGGAGCUACUCCCGUUAAAUUCAGCCAUUUUUGGGAUUUCCAAAUUUUUCUCUCCUGCCAGUGACCCAAAAAUGCCAAAAUGGCGAUUUACAGUUACAGUUAGCUGGCAUUCUAAAUCCUAGUGUUUCCAUUCCCCUUUAAUUCUAGGCAUCAUGCCCCUGUGUAAGCCAUGCUUUUGGAGGAGUGUGGAAAAAGCUACAUGGGUCAAAGUCAGGACAAGCAUUUACUGAGAGUAGUUGUGAUUUCAUUGGGUUGGAUUUUUCUUAAAAUUCAUGGUGCGAUAGAUAAACGCCCAUGCACAGGUUGGCUGUGUCUGUGUUUCUGAAAAUACAGUGAAUCAUUUUCAUUUGUCAAAUCUGACAGAAUGGGGUUACCCCUAAAACCAUGGCACCAAAUGGAGAUCAAAUUUAAAGAGAUUCAUUUGGCAAGGCUCUGGAGCAAUAACUGAAACCAGAUUAAGCAAUCCCAAAUUACUGAAACAUGAGCCUAAUACUGUCUGUUGGCACAGUGUGUGGGAAUGCAGCUGGAGAUUUGUCAUAUUCAUGUUCCAGCCCAGAGCAUGUUCUAGGUGGCUGGUGUGUCCGUGCUGGUGUCUGGGCUCUUUUUACUGCUCCGCUGGAGUGUGAAGCUGGCAGCAGUGCAGCCGUCCAGAGCUGAGGUGACCUUCCGUUUCCCCCUGACUCCUGACUCACAGCCCAGCUAUCAGCUCUCUCCCAACAGGUCCAUUGCCUGCGGUGCCUGCUGA